GGGCAUUGUGCGAAAGUGAAAGGGGAUCGUGAAGAUAAGAAUAUUGGUGAGGAGACGGCAGAAUAGGAUUGGGAAACGGAAGCGAAAGAUGAACACGGCGAAAAAGAUGCCCAAAUCCAGGUUAGAAUCUGAACUAGUUCUCUGUUACCAUCUGAACAAAGGCGCAAUGAUAAACAAGUCAUCGAAGAAUUGCAGGAAGAAAUCACGUUGUUACAUAUUUACGAAUCAUCUAAACAACAACAACAAAUGCUCAAAGAUGUACAAGUCAUCGAAGAAUUGGAAAUUGAAUGGUGACGACGAUUACUGCGGUGUGAGCUACACCGAGCUGUUGGAACUUGAAAGUUUGUUACGGCAGGGGUUCUGCAGUGUGGAGGAGCAACGAGUAAAGGCACUAGACGAAUUAAGAGUCGCGCAGGCAACAGAGUGCGACCUUAUGGGGAACGAAUGGGUUAGCAAAACCGAGGAGGAGGAUUUCGGAUAUCAUUGGGCUCUGGGAAAGAGAAGAAGAGCUUUGAGGCUCAAGGCUAGAGAACUCCGGCUCAGCGCUGGCCCACAGGAGCAUAGCCGUGACCCUGACAUUCGGAAGGAAGUCAUUGAUUCUUUGAAGAGCGAGAAGGAGAGACUGCGGCUUUGGAACCAGAGAAUGACUGGUAAAGAGAUCGACGGUAUGGGUUGCCACGAGCUGCGGGUAUUUUCACUUGAUAUACAGCGUGGUUUGGCCAACGUGCGGGACAAGAUUCAAAGGAACGAGAAUUAUGUCAUACAAGUGACAAAGCAUGCCAACGGGGUAUAUAUUUUUAUCAACGUACGUGUGCAUGAUAUUGUAAAACUCUCUUCUUCUUCUUCUCUGACAUUUUUCUUCUGUCACCAAGGAAACAUCAUUCUGUCACCCAUUACCACCGUGGCCAACCUUGGACUCGUGUUACUAGGUUCUUGGAAGGGGAAGAGCAUGUUAAGAGAUCAUCGAAUCCGUUUUACAAGAGAGAGUCUUGUUGUGACUAUCUACUUGUUGUGAUUUUCAUGGGUUGUUCUCGCUUAAAUCAAGUAUGCUCUACUAUGUUUAAAGUUAACUCUCUCAUUGCCAAAACAUAUAUAUGCAUGAUACUUUAAAAAUAUUGCAUACGAUAAUAGCAAUUUGAUGUUAUGUUGAUAAUAUCUGGGUCAGAUUUGUAAUAAAAAGUAUAAACAAGGCGG